UCUACUUUGUCAGAUUACAUGAGCGCUUGUUACACUGAGCCAACCUAACGCAACUUCACUGUUUUUAUUUUAAGUACUUGACAACUUGUUCAAUGACUCUAUAAAUAACCUCACUUUGUUCAUUUUCGUCGAGUGUCUGUGUGAUUGAUUUUUUUGAGGAUUUUCCUAACUAUAAAUUUUGCCAAAUGUCUACCGACUUCCUCCCAGUGUGACGAAAAUAAUAAUUGAAAGUUUUCCUAAUGGUUGAGUUGCGACCGCCAUCCUCGAUGAAGCAAAUAAAUAACUUGAUGGUGGAAAAAUCGUACAGUUUGAAUGUGUAUCCCGCCUCAGUCAGCGAACUGUCAACGAUGAUUGGCCAUGCGCGCAAAGAAUCCUUUCCGGAGGAGGCCCGCGCCCUCUUCAAAAAGUCACACACGUGCGGCAGUUUAUACGCCAAGUGCGGCUGCAACAAUGACUCCUCGACGCCUCUCGUGCAGACCUACUCAACCCCUGAGCCACCCCCCAGCCCCUCCAAGAGGGGCUCCACGCCGGUCAUAGCCACCAUCUACCCGAGAGCCGACACCAAACGACUCUCCAACCCAGAAAUCAACAACACCUCGAAGAAAACCGUCAUCAAAGCUAACGUUUAUUUAAACCAUCCGGAGAUUACUUUCCCCAUUCCGGUGGCACUCCCGAAGGAAACUUGUGAUAGAUCAAAUCUCGCCAAAUCGCUCGACUUGGAGGAAAUCAAAAAAUCCAACCUCGACUACCACAAAUAUAACGCUUUAGCCUACGAAAGCAGUGCUAGUAAGGACGAAGAGGCGAAGAAGUUUCUCAGCGAUUUUGGAAUCUUCGGUCCUAUGGGCAACGGCGUGGCUACGACCCUCCGGAGGAGCUCCAAGAACUCGAUCGAUGGCGAUGUCAUCCAACAGAUUCGGAAGAAUUCCCGGAGUCUUAUUGACCGGCAUUCCGGAGCACAAGAAGAAAACGAUUAUUUGAAAACGAUUAUCGCGAGAUUAAAAAAAGAACUUUCGGAACUGGAAGUCAAGUAUGGGACGCUGCAAUCGGAACUUUACGAAACUAGAAGAGAGCUCACUUGCAAAGAAAGCGAAGUUCUAAAAUUGCAAAGAGAAAUUCAUAAGCUCAAGAGCGUCCUUCAGCAAACCACAACAUUUAUCCACGAUGGAGAUAUUCUCACGAGCCUUCAGGAAAAGCACGCAAUGGCAAACCGAGCUCCACAAAGUCAACAAUCUCUCAACAACAGUUGUUGUUUGAAAAAACAAGGUGUAUCAGCCGAAUCAAGUGAAUCUACCGGUCAAGCAAGCGACAUUACCAUUCCAAAACAUGAUAAAGAUUUCAGAUCAAAACAACUUAUCAAAGACGCCAUCAUGGACAAUAAUUUUUUACAAAACUUAGAUACAUCACAAGUGAGAGAAAUAGUCGAUUGUAUGUAUCUCAAAGAGUAUCCUCAAGGUUCCUAUGUGAUCAAAGAAGGAGAAGCAGGGGCGCAUUUGUUUGUCUCAGCUGAGGGUGAUUUUGAAGUUAUGAAAGAAGAUAAAGUCUUAGGGCACAUGGGACCAGGGAAAGCUUUCGGAGAGUUGGCCAUUUUAUAUAAUUGCACAAGAACUGCUUCAAUUAGGGUUGUUGUUGAUUCAAAAGUCUGGGUCUUGGACCGAAAAGUGUUUCAACAAAUCAUGGUUCGAACCGGACUUCAGAGAUUACAAGACAAUAUCAAUUUCCUCAGAUCUGUUCCUCUUCUUCAGAAUCUCAGUAACGAAGUUUUGGCUAAAAUUGCAGAUGUUCUUGAAGUCGAAUUUUAUCCUGCAGGUGUUUAUAUAAUCAGACAAGGUGCCAACGGUGACACCUUCUUUAUCAUAAGCAGUGGAAGUGUUAAAGUCACACAACGCAAACAAGGUUCAAUGGAAGAUGAAGAAGAAAUCCGAAUUCUUCAACGUGGUGAUUAUUUCGGUGAACAAGCUUUACUAAAAGAAGACUGCAGGACUGCCAACAUAAUUGCGAUGAACCCAGGAGUGGAAUGUUUGACUCUUGACCGAGAAUCUUUUAAACAACUAAUUGGAGACUUAAGUGAAAUCAAAGAAAAAGAUUAUGGUGAUGAACAAAGAAGCAAAAUCAGUUCAACUUGUACCGAAAAGCAAGAAUACGAUUUUAUCAAUUUAGAUGAUCUCGAAGUGAUUGCAACACUUGGGAUUGGAGGUUUUGGUCGUGUUGAAUUGGUUCAGUAUGUGCACAACCCAUCGUUAACAUUCGGUCUUAAGUGCCUCAAGAAGCAACAUAUUGUGGAUACCCAACAACAGGAUCAUAUCUUCAGUGAACGGAAUAUUAUGAUGAGUUGUCGAAGCAGUUUUAUUUGCAGAAUGUACAAAACGUUCAAGGAUUCGAAAUAUGUUUAUAUGUUGUUGGAGGCUUGUUUGGGAGGAGAAGUUUGGACGAUUUUAAGAGAUCGAGGAUGUUUUGAUGAAGACACGACGAAAUUUAUCACUGGUUGCGUUUUGGAAGCCUUUGAUUAUUUGCACAGUAGAGGGAUAAUUUACAGAGAUUUAAAACCGGAAAAUCUACUUUUGGACGCCAAUGGUUAUGUCAAGCUUGUUGAUUUUGGCUUUUCGAAAAGAUUGGGGUAUAGUAGCAAAACUUGGACUUUUUGUGGGACCCCUGAAUAUGUAGCUCCUGAAACUAUUUUAAACAAGGGACAUGAUAGAGCUGUGGACUAUUGGGCUCUUGGAAUUUUAAUGCAUGAGUUGUUAACAGGAAAUCCACCGUUUACAGCUUCAGAUCCAAUGAAAACUUACAAUUUAAUAUUAAAAGGGAUUGACAUGAUUGAUUUUGCCAAACAUCAUAUUGGAAGAGCAGCACAAAGUCUUAUCAAGAAAUUGUGUCGUGAUUUACCAUCAGAAAGAUUAGGAUAUCAAAAAGGUGGAAUACAAGAUAUUAAAAAACAUAAAUGGUUUCAAGGAUUUGAUUGGGAUGGUUUAAUCAAUCAAACACUACCUUCACCCAUUAGACAACCAGUGAGAGGUUGUUGUGAUACAAACAAUUUUGACUGUUUCGGAAAAGAUAACGACAUUCCUCCAGAUGAGCUUUCAAAUUGGGAUUUGGAAUUUUAACAUAAAUAUGAUCUUUAUUUUGUUUUUACAAGUGAAAUGGACAAUAAUUGAUGUAAUGAUCGUAAUAAAUUCAUAUCUUUUACAA